AUGUCGAAAUUGGCAGCUUUUGGAAUAUUGGGCGAGGUGACCAUCCAUGCUAUCAAGCUUGGAAUUGCAAAUCAAGUCAACUUUCGUGAUUUGAAACUGACUCCGGUUGAUGCAGCUCUCAAGAUAUUGCGCAACCCAGAUAUCGCUUGGAGGCUUGGAAUUCCGAAUUUGUUUGAAAACCGAAUCGAACAGGAGGUGGCCAAUGCUAGACUCAAAUCUGAAGCUCCAAUUGAUGAAAGCAAUCAAUUUGCAACGGAAGAACGAGACUCGUUUCGCUCUAAAAUGAACCGGUUGUUGGUCAGACUUGCUGACAGUAAGACGUUUGACAACAUCGUUUUGAUAGCAAUAACCAUGAGCACGGUCUUUUUGACCUUUGAAACUCCAUCUCGAUUGAUUCCUGGACCCGUAUCAUACGAGUUGCUGGAUUUAAUGAAUAUCUUAUUUACAAUCAUUUUCACAGUCGAGGCUGUUGCAAAAAUAGGUGCCAAUGGAUUGCUUUUACCAAACAGUGUUGAGCACACAGCUUAUUGGCAGUCCAUUCCGAACAGAAUGGACUUUAUUGUCCUUGCUUUCAAUCUUGCAGAGCUGUUUGGAAUAGGCGCUUUGGUUGGAACAAGAACAUCGAAACUCAUCAGAAUCUCAAAAGCAUUAAGACCAUUGAGGUUGAUGAGUCGAUUUGAAGGCACUAGAGCAAUUGUCAAGGCUCUAGUUGGGUCAGUAAAGCCAAUUUCAUACGCUGUCCUUUUCUUGUUCAUCAAUUGUUCGAUUUUUGCGGUGACUGGAAUGGCGCUAUUCAGAGACAAGUUCUAUUCGUGCAAUGACGGGUCUCUCGACGGUCUGCUCGGCGAAGGCCGGACUCAAUGUGCUGGGCAAUUCUUGAACGAAGACGUUUAUUCUCCCAGGUCAUGGUCCAACCCUCCGGCUGGCACUCAUUUCGAUACCUUUCCGGACGGAGUGCUGGCCCUCUUUCGAGUCAUCACCUUAAAGUGGAACGCAAUCUGGAUCACUGGACAGGAUGCCUAUGAAGUGAAUUUGCAGCCUGUGCAAAACUACAACUCGUUUGUUGCAACUGUCUUCUUUGCAUUAUUUAUUUUUGUGGGAUCCUUUUUCUCACUGAAUCUGUUUGUUUCAUUUAUUUGUGACGGGUUCUAUGCCUCUCAGGGAGUGGAUACAUCGGAAGAAAUCCAAUGGGCAUCAAUUCGAGAUAUGAUCAAAAGGCAUCUGCCAGCACGCGAAAGAGUUUAUCCCGACAACUUGACAGCUCGAUAUGCCAGAGGUGUUGUCCUGAGCUAUCAGUUUCGCUAUUUUUCAGCUGGUUGUCUUUUGGUCAAUAUCAUGUGCAUGUCAUCGUCUCAUGUAAAUCCAAGCAGCUCUUUCAGCCUGUUUCUCUCAGUGCAGAACGACGUCUUUUUUGGGAUCAUGUGUCUUGAAUUCGUGCUCGAUCUUCUCGGAUUCGGUCCAGAAAUAGCAUUUACGCAAGGGAGUGGAUUUGAUUUUUUUCUGAUUGUCGCUACAAUUUUUGUAAUGACAUUUGAAAGCAGCUUUCGAUCUGCUGGUCAGGUUGUAAGAUUAUUGAGAUUAUUUCGGUUUUUGAUGACGUUGUCAUCGCACAGUCUUGUGGCAAGCAUUUUCGAAACCGUGGUUCUCAGUACGGUACAGACCGCAAACAUCAUGGUUGUGCUCCUUGUCAGUAUGAUCGUUUUUGCCGUUCUCUUCGUUCAGCUGUUUGGCACCACUAAAUAUGGAUCAAGACUUGGGCCACAAGCGAAUUAUUUCACAUUUUAUUCUGCAAUGCUGACACUAUUUCAAAUAAUUUUUGGAGACGAAUGGCAUCAGUUGAUGGACGAUUGUUCUAUCAAUUUUCCCUCUUGCACUCCUACUGUAUACGACAGAAAUGGAAAUGAGUUGAGGAUUGGAGAUUGUGGCACACGGGUCGGAUCGUUGCUGGGGUACCAUUUCUACAUGAUCAUUGUUCAUUACACGAUCCUGAACCUCUUCAUCGGGAUGAUUAUGAAUAAUUUUGCGUACAUUACAACAAAAGACUCACAAGGAGUCAUCAAGGAGGCAGAAGUUAAAACGAUUUCCCGCAUAUGGGUGCAAAUCUUGGAUCCAAAAGCUAGUGGAUGUGUAAAGCUGCAUCAGGUUUACAAGUUUUUAUCAGCUAUUGGUUCGCCCCUAGGUUUCUAUGACUCAGGCAAUAAUCUUCACAGGUACCUUUGCAUUAGAGAAGAUUUGAGUCGUCAGCUGAAAAUUCUUGAGGAAAAUCGAGAUCAUGGCAACAAAGGUUUCUUAUUUUUCCUCAAGGACCUUGAAAGCAAGCUCUACCAAGAAGCGAACAAUCAAUGGAAAACAGUGCAGAAUCAAGCUGAAGAGUAUAGGAAACAACUUGAGUCAUACUAUUCAGGAAAUAAAUCAUUCAAAUCAGAUCUAGUUGGAAAGGACGCACAACACGAAGGAACUGAUUCUGAUGCCAGCGCUGAAAAUGAUGAUUCUCCCUCGGAUACAGAGAACCAAGUGCACGUGUCCGGCGGCAACAUGGGAUCUAAAAGGGAUAGAGGACGAGUGCGGGUCAAGAAGAUCAAACGUAUAGACUCCAGUAAAGCGCUUGACAAGAUAAUUACGGACUUGCAGACGAAAAGCAAGAGAGAGCUCAAACGACUUGAGAGAGAGCAUAUCCAGGCAAAAGAGAAAGAGAUGUUUGCAUUGCAAGCUUCACAAUUUUCAAAGCCAACUGUGACUAGCUACAUGCGAAUGAUCUCAUUUCUCAGGUGGCUCAGUGAGCUCUUUGUAUCUCGACAAAAGAUUCUUGAGACUCAUCGAAGCUAUGAAGUUCUUCUUUACACAGAAGUACUCGAAACUUGUUUGGUGUGGAUGAAAAAGUCAAUUCUGCCUUCAAGAAUAGCUCACAACAAGAACGAUUACUUGGAUAGCAUUCGCUCAACAGCUUCCACGCAAUUAGCAACAGCAGUCAUCAAGGGAGGAAUUCAACGGCGAAGAUUCCGAGCUAUCAAGAAGAUGACUAACGCGUUGUUUACAUCGACGCACUUCCUCAAGAAGAACAGACGAAAUUUGUUGAAGCAAACUCGCAGUUCCUCUUUCAAAAUAAGAUCGUUUGGUUUGGAUUCCAAGAGAGCAGAGGAAAUCUUGUUGAGUAACCACUCUGACGCGCUUGUGAAAUUUGCAAAACUGGUCAAAUAUCGGUUUAUCACAGAAUCUGAAAUAUUGGAAAUCGCCGAGGAAGGAGGAGUUGUUGUGCAAGAAGAAGACAUCAUGGAUGUAGAUGAAUUCAUGCUCAACCAAAUAUUGUCUCUGCAAGAGAUUUCGAUUCUCAUACCUCACAUCGACUUGAGGGAAAAGCUUGACGACCUUAUAGAGAAGGGAUAUGAGAAUUCCCUUUGGAAACUUGCAAGAAGCAUGGGUUUUAUCGCAGGAAAUUCUGCAAGGUUGUCCUCGUUGUCUCAUGCUCAAGUGAGUGAGCUUUUGCAUAAGUUCGAAGAGGAUUCCAGCGAGAAAAACAACAUAGCUGAAUCACAAGCUCGCAUGAAGCAGUACAAGUUACAAAUGGCUCAGUAUCGCGAGAUCAAAGGCUCUUUGAGCGACAUUACACGAGGAAAUCAGGAAAUAACAAGAGUGAUCCUUGAAACUCGCAAAAAAUGUGAUGAGUUGCAAAAGGAAAGGUCUAAGCUUAUGAAGACUGAUAGAACUUAUGCCGCAGACGACUCGUCUUGAGAGCAUUUCACUGAAUUUUAUUUCUCGUGUCCUGCUUUGUUGGGGCGCCAAGCUUAAAGAUCGAGAUCUCUAGGAAAGAAGAGAUCUCCCAGCAUGCUGAGAUACUGUAAUGCAAGAAAGACAGAGAAGCAAUAAUGGAGAAGAUAAAAACAGCCUUUCUGGUCUCCAACCCUAUUAGAAGCAUACCUGCGCAGAAUCGUCAUCAAGACUGCGCUCAGGAAACGAACAGACUCACAUGAUAGCAACAUGGUUGGCAUUACGAACAGAAAAUACUUGGAUGACAACUCGACAUGCGACAUAUGAGCAACGAUGAUGGAGAUGACCUGCAAGACACAGUCACUUCCAAACCAAAACUCCACGAUCAAUACAUAAGAAGAUGUUUGAAAUCCGAUGCCAAGAAGGAAGAGAACUUCCAUGCUCGGAGUAAGCUCGUCAGCAAUCAUGGCAAAGCUUACUGUACAGUAUUCAGAUCCACAGAUGGAGAAAAACUACAUUCUACCGCAUGAGGACAAGCAGGUAAUAAACAGACCACCCCACAGUUGCCAUGGCUUUGUGGUGGCAUGUUGCACCCCAGAUUUGUUGUAGCAUUCAUGGAUGUUCGAUACGAUCGCAUUGAAUGAAAAAAUGAAAAUGCCC